UGCCGAUCACAGAGGCACAACCUUUCCACAGAGCACUGGAAUUUGUUACGGAGCGUGAGGAAGAGCAACUGGAGAUCUGCUGUCUCUGGUCUUCUGUUGACGAUAUCUAUAACUGCCCACUGAUAAGAGUAUUUUCCCUCUUUUUGUUUUUGCAAUGGAAAGUACUAUGCACCCGAGUGAUAACUGCACAGUAGAGACAAAGCCUCUGUAUGUGUUCUACUCCGUUGUUGUGAUUGUGGAGUUUGUUUUGGCUCUCCCACUGAACCUCACUGUGAUCUACCUUUUCAUUUUCAAACUGAAAUUCUGGAAGACCAACACCAACAACAUAUUUCUCUUCAACCUCGUCUUGGCUGAUAUUUUGCUGCUCAUCUGUUUGCCUGUGAAGGCUUACAGCUUCCAGAUGGGCGAACGGAGGAGUCAGAAUGAGGUGGUUUGCAAAGCUAUGCUCUUCAUGCUGUUCCUGAACCGGGGCGCCAGCAUUGCCUUCCUCACAGUCAUCUCCAUAGAUCGCUACUUCAACGUGGUGCAUCCUCGGAAGAAGAAUUUCCUGAAGAUACUGAAAAAAUCACCACACAUCUCCAUCCUUAUCUGGCUCCUGCUGCUCCCUUUGACUAUUCCAACUAUGCUGAAGACCUUUGAGUGUUGCAACAGCUUAGGUCGUGAGGAUGAAAAUUUGACGACUGACAUUUUCAGGGAAAUUGUCUUUUUCACCCAGAUUCUCAUCCCUUUCAUUGUCCUGGUGUUUUGUACAGCACAGAUUGUUAACCGUCUAAAAAUGAAGACUGUUGGAGACAGGACCAAGUUGCGCCGAGCUGUUUUUCUGGUCACAUCUGUCAUGCUGGUCUUUUCUCUGUGCUUCUUACCGUGUACCAUAUCAAGAAUGGUUCUCUUACUGGUGCGUGUCAAGGAGUAUCCAGAGGCUGAGGCGAUUGCUGUUCAGGUUUACGAUGGGCUCAUGUGUUUGUCCUACUUGGACUGUCUGCUCGAUCCCUUAGUGUAUUGUUUAAGCAGCACAAAGUUCCAAACCCUUUAUCUAGAACACUACCUCCCAUUUCUCAUUGGAAAAGAUGGACAACCGAGUGACAGCAGUCACUCAACAGGAAACAAUUCCAAUACAGCCCCUUUAAAGCAUGCUCAGAGGGAGAACAUGGCCACACAAGGGACUUAAUCUGCAUCAUGAAAAGCAAUAGACUGCACAGUAAGAU